AUCUUUUCUGUGUAUUUUCAUUUAUUAAACGAACGAAAAUAAAAAAACUUUUUUCUUUAAACAAAAGGCUGUUUUCGUACCACUUUCUAGAAUCUACCGGAAACCAUGACCCUGCUGCCGUCGUCUGCCGGGGGAGAUGACGACAACCGAACUCCGCCGCCGUCACUCGAUUCUCAACCAAUCACUUCAUCCUCUUCCUCCACCUCUAUUCCUCCAGGUCCGGUGAAAUUAACAGCUAGGUCAUGCUUGUACGAGCUAUGUGCCCAAAGCCAUUGGAAUCGUCCUGUUUUCGAUUGUUGCAACCAACAAGGUCCCGAUAAUCAGAGAUCGUUUACUUACAAGGCUAGUAUUGAGAUGAAAGAAGGAUCAGAGUCAACGUUAGCCAUUGAGUGCAUUGGCAAGCCUCAGUUCAGCAAGAAAACCGCAGCGGAUUCAGCUGCCGAGGGAAUUUUGUGGUACCUCGUGCAUUUAGGUUAUCCCAAAACGCCUAACCGGCGCAAGAAAUAAAGGUGAUUCAUUUUAUAGAUUAUCUAGUGCUGUGUUAUAAUGUGCAUGUUGUGUGAAAACCUUAUGAAGCUCUCUUUGCAAGUGCAAUACGAUUGGAGUAGUUUAAAUAUGUGUUCAAUUAUUUUAGUGUAACUUCCUUCG